GAAAGUAGAAAUCCCGUUGGGUUUCCAGGAUACAUAUCUUAACGAUUUUCAAUACAUUAUCCAUCGGUUUCAGUCCUGUUAUAAUAUUUAAGUAGUAGUAGUUUUCUUGUGGAUUUAACAGUGUGAGGGGAGUGGCAAAAUGGCAACAUUUAUUGGGACGCUUCUAGACGUUUCUGCUUCUAUGAGAAGUAAUAUUGGAGCUGGCAUAAAUGAAAAAAACGUGGAAGCUGGAUUCAUUCGAUCUUUAGAGUUAUUGAUGAUCUGGUUAAACAUGAUGUUUCACACCAUAACCAUAUUUUUGCAAUGGGAGUUUGGGCGAGCCAAGGUGAAGGUAUAUUUGACAUUAUAAGCACAAUUCAACAUUUCCAGAAUGAAGGUAGCGCUGACAAGGGCCCUGCUUCAGAUCAAACAAUUGAAGAUAUUUUUAGAACACUUGAAGAAAAUGGUGCAGGAAACAGUAUGAGAAGGGCAAUGAGAGAUGACAUCCGUCGUGCGUUAUCAGAAUUCGAAGCAAACAUAUUACUGAGACAAUUACGGACAAACCAAACAUUCACUAGGAAGAUUGUUGAUGAGGUUAUUCCUUCUGUAAUGAAUACAAGAUCAGGCUGGUUAAGACCGACUCCUGAUGACAUUCAAGUCUUCAUUGCCAUGACGAUGACAUCUUUGAAUGAAUCGUUGUUAAUAGGAAUGGGGGACCAUUCUAUAUUCAAUGUUGUUAAUGUCGCCAACACCAUUCAUGAACAUGUUGACAAUCGAGACCUUUCAACCGAUAGAAUUCACCAGCUACUUAAAGUCGUGGAACCUUUCGUUUUCGGGAGAACUCCAUUGUAUUCCGCUCUUCGAGAGGCAUCAGGGUUGUUUUUAAGGUCGGUACGAACAUAUCCAGACCACCAUAAAUUAUUGUUUGUUUUGUCAGAUGGUGAACCAACUGACGAAGGAGAUAUGGGCAGAGUUCAAGCCGAGUUAAAAGAUGCAAAAGUUACAGUGGUUGGGUGCUACAUUUCAAGAUCAUCAAGCGUCGAACCACGAAGACUGUACAGUAUCGCUGGUCGGGACUGGGAGGAUGGCGCCAAGUUCCUCUUUACCUUAAGCUCACAUAUUUCGACAGAAUUGAUAACAAGGGCAAUUUUCAUCAAACAUGGAUGGCAAAUCGAUAUUGCUAAUAACGAGACCAAGUUGUUUCUACAAGUAAAUCAUCCAGAUAACCUCAAAGAUGCUUGUGACCUAGCAAGGAAUGCGGUAUGUUGCCAAGAUACCCUGACAGAUUUACUAGCGUCUGUUUCGCUUGACGUUUACAUUAGUCAAAAGAACACUAGCAUUAAAGCACAUGAACAAGUUGGCGGCACCUGCUACGCAAACGCAUCGGCUGCAGUUCUUCAUUUAGCCAUGCACAGAAUUCUCGGACGAGAUGGCGGGUAUCCAGUUUUCGAAAACUUACGAGAUGAUAUGAUAACUCGCCACGGAAGCGAGGGCGCCAAUACAUUCCGAGUCCUGAAAGAAGUAUGUCCACUUUACCGUUUGCAUUUUAGACAGGUCGACAUCAAUGGGGCAAUGAAAGCCGUAGCAGCAAAGCGCCCAGUUGUAGCGAAAUUUCGGCUUACCGACGAUGAAUGGGAUGUAUUCGGAAGCUUUUUUCGGAAUAAUCCAACCGGCAUUUUGACGAAACGGGAUCUAGACAUUAGCAAGCGAAGCUCGGCAUCGAGGACAGGUGGGCAUGCAGUUGUUUUGACGAGUUUUAACAGCAAAUGUUUACGGUUCAUGAACUCCUGGGGAGACAGGUGGGCGGAUAUGGGAUUCUUUCGAAUCGAGAGUGUAGACGUUCUUGGCUUAGAAUUCAUUGACGUGUUUUGGACACUGAAUGAUCUAACCCAGAGAGAAAAAGACUACUACCGCAUCCAUGGAUCUGAAGUUGCUGAUAAGCUGAUGAAGUCUCUGAAAGCAUUGCAAGUUGCGACAUUCACAUGUCCUUUGUGCUCUGUGGCUUCCAGCGUCACAGAGUUUAAUGGAACUUUAUCGCAUGCCUUGUGUCCAAACUGCGAUCAAGAAUUCUCAUGCAAUGAUAGAGAAGGCAACAUUCUGGCACUGAGUAUGUACCUGACAUCACUUAGCAGAUAGAAUUUUCUUAAAGCGAUUGUUUCAACAAAUGAAUCAUUAACAUUGAAAAGACACAUGCAUCACAAUAACAACACUUACAAAACUAUCUAGUUAAUUGUUAAAAAGCACAGUUUAUUUUGUAUGCUGGCAUAUACUUAGCUUUAAUUUUAUACUUCUUUGUAUGAUAAUUGAUGUAAGACAUAUUGACGAAAGUUUGUUGAAAUUCGCUCCAAAUGUAGAAUGUUAUGUCUCUCUCUCUUACACUUACAUAAUGUAUGAUUAUGGAUUUUUUGAAUAUUAAGCGUUCAGUAUGAUAUGUCGAAGUAAAUUAAAAUAAAAUUAUACUAUAAUA